UUUCGAAUUUCGAUCCCUUCUGUGGUACUUGUGGAGUGUACGUUACCCCUUGGUGUUUUUAGCGGCCGUUUCAAAUGAUUUUGCUUGCUCUUCUACAUGUAUACGAAUGAUCACUAAGCAGGGGGAUCUAGGUUUUACAUACUGGGAGAGAGAAGGCACAUUUUACAAAACAGAACUAUGGCUGCCCGAAAAAAAUCACAGCCUCUUCCAGAUGAGAACUUUUACAGCAAACUAGCUGCAGAUUUUGAUGAAAGUGAAGAGAAUUCAAGUGUAUCCGAUGCUGAUGUCAAUGCUCUCACAAAAGCAUUAGCCGAUAUGGAUGACAUGGAUGAUGCACUUUUCAGUUCUUCACUCAAACAAAAGAAGACCCCCAGCAAAGAGCCCCCCAGCAAUGAAAACAAAUCUGCUAAGGGAUCAUUGAGAGAUACACCUAGUCCUGGGCUGAGUAGGACAGGAACAUUUAGUGAUGACCAAGAUGAUGAUAUGUUUAAAACAUAUGAUAUUGAGAAGAAAGGUUCAAAAGCUGAAGAAGAUAAAAAGUCAUCUAGCCUGUCCAAGACCUUUCCUGGUAGAUCUAAACCUAAAUCAUCAUCUUUUGACUUUGGAGAGUUUGAUGAAGAUGACCCACUUGCUGGUCUUCUAUCUGACGAUGAAGAUGCGCCAAAACCAAAGAAAAAACCUGGAAAUAAGACUACAAGAAAUCCAUUACAGGUGAAUUCACCAAUAGAGGAACAUGCUGUGUCUUCCAAGAAAUCUGAACCUAAAGGAUCUAAUCAAAGUAAAGACAAUCUUCUAACAGAAAAAGACAAAAACAAAACACCAACUGUAAGCAACUCUACAAAGUCUAAGAAAGCAGACGACAUUGAUUUUGGUGAUGAUGAUGAGGGAAUUUUGGAUGGAUUAGGUUUUGAUGACACACCAAGAGACGUCCCAAAGCUGGAUAAAGAGCAAGAGGCUGCUAAAGCCAAGGUUAGUGACCUGUUUGGGAAGACCAGUAUACUUGAUAAGCCACCUACAAGUAAAGGUCGAACAAAAGAAUUCCAGCUAGAUAGCAAGUACAAGAAACAACAAACAGCCCCACCUGCACCGAAAGAGGAAGACUUCACUUUUGGUGGUUACACCCCCUCCUCUGUGACCUCAAAACGACCUGACUCUGCUCCUCCUGCUAGAAGAGGUGUAAGGUUUGCAGAUGAAGCAGAUGAUGAUGAUGAUAUCUUUGGUAACUCCACAAUGGAUCGACCUCGUAGAACAGGUCUAUUAUCUUCCUCCUCUUCCCCAACUAAACAGACUGCUUCUAGAUCAGAUGAUUGGUUAAAUGAAGCAGUUGGAUUGAGUGGCUCCAAGAACAAACCAGAGGAAAAGAAACAAAUACCUAAAGCUGAUUCUCUUAAACAGCAUGGAGAUGUUGGAAGACCAAGCCUACAAAUAGACAAUGUCAAGUCUACUGGUAAUGAGAAGAAGGAUAAGAAGAUUGGAUUAGAAGGAGGGAAGGAUGGUAGCAAGAGAUCAGCUGCUGAUUAUCUAGGAUUAGGAGGAGAUGAGAUAGAUGUUGACUCCAUUGCACCGCCCAAACAGUUAACUCCAAGAGGCGAGAGACUUUCUAAGCAGGAAUCCGGAGAUAAUCUUUUUGGCAAACCAGCAAACAGGGAUGCGACGUCACCAUUUCCUUGGGAGAAUGAAAGCCCAAGAAGGACAGGACGAAGAAAUACCGAUUUGAGUUCAACUGGUGAUCUUGGGAGUACCUUUGAUUCUAUCAAUUAUAGUGAUGAUGAUGAUGAUCCACUUGGUAAUAGUGAUCCUCUACGAGCCAGUCUUAUUGCUCAACAAAUCAAACAGCUUGCUGAUAUGGAGAAAAGAGAACCAAGUCAAAAACCUGGAGAGGGGGUACCCCCAGUUACCUCAAAUUCUACCAUCACCAAGCCCCUUACCCCUGUACCCACCUCUCAAGCAAACCAGAUUGAAGCAAGUAGUGGAAAGUCACAUAGCAGCCCUGUACAGCGGCAGUCAUCUACUACUUCAAUCUCAGGGGAUCACAAACAGCUUAUCUCAGGGAGACGGGAGCCAAAAUGGAGGCAGGAGAUGAGGCAGCAACAACAGCAACAAAGUCUUAAUACUUCAACACUUACCACACAACAACCACUAUCUUCUCAACCUCCCUCUGCAGUCUCUACCACACCAGGUGCGCCUGCUGCAACUGUAGCAACAACGGAUAGACUAAAACCAGAAACACCUGUAUCUGUUACCACACCAUCAAGGGACAUUGGUGGUGGUGUGAGUGAUAUUGAUGUAAUGACUAGGUUAAACCAAGAGCAGAGUCAGAUAGAGAAGCAAAGGGAAAGUUUACUUCAAUACGAGGCAACUAUAAAACAACAGCAGAUCCAAAUGGCAGCUGAGCAUGAGAAACAGAUGCGACUGAUACAAGAACAACAACAGAAGACAAUGCUACAACAGCAACAGCAAGCCCUUCAACAGCAACAAGAAGCAAUGAAGCAGCAACAAGCCAUGAUGCAGCAACAGUUUCUACAACCAUCAUCCAUUCCUGGUCUAGGCCUCAGUUAUAGUCUUGGUGCUACUCCUGGUAGUAGUUCUGGUCUUGGUGGUUCUAAUUUUGGAGGAAUGUCAUCAGGCAACACUUGGCUUGAGAAUAAGGUUCACCAGCUUGAGAAUGAAAAAUCUCAACUUGAGUCUUCUAUUCAGUUCCUUGAGAAGCACCAUAAACAACAGCUAGAUACAGUUGAGACCAACCAUCAAAGCUAUAUAGCUCUCCUAGAAGAAGGAGCUAAGAAGAGAGAGAAUAGAAUAAAAGAAGAUUCACAGGAAUCAGCCAAACGCUAUGAGGAAAGACUAGAAUCUAUCAUUGUUGAGAGGUCAAAGGUCAUAGGUGAACAUCAAGCCAGGAUAGAGCAGAUGUAUACAGAGCAUGGUAAAGAAAUGAAAACACUCAAGCAGAUACACAAGCAAGAGAUGGAAGAGCUAAGAGUACAAAGUCGCUUUGAGGUGGAAGAAACCAGGAAAGCAAUGCAAUGUCAUGUGGACUCACUGAAAGACAGUUCUAACCAUGCACGGUCUCUAAAGGAUGUAGUAGAGAGAGUGGGUCUUGUAGGGGAUCAAAUCAAUUCUUUACAGGGAAGAGUAUCAGAUGAACAUCAAUUUCAGCUAGAUAAUCGUCUCCAGGAGUUAAAGGAUAGAGAGGAAGAAGCUAAAAGAAUCAAAAAAAGAUUAGAGGAACAAGAAGCAACCAUGAGCUUAGAAAGAGAGAGGUUACAAGCGACAAUAUCAAGACUUGAAGCUCACAUCAAAGAACAAAAUAUUCAGAUGGAUCAGGAUAGAUGGAGGUUGCGUCAGGAGCAGAAUAAACUAAGCAAUAAUCAAAAGAUGAUGGAAGAAGAAAGGAAAGUAAUGUCAGAUCAUCUUGCUGCAGAACAGACAUCUUUACAACAAGCAAAGAAUGCUGUUUUAAAUGAGCAAAAGACUCUCAUGGAGCAGUGUAUGGAAGAGAGAAAAGCUCUUGCUUCUGAGCGUGCUCAGUUUGCUACAACUAGAAGAGAAUGGGAAGCAAAGAUGAAAGAACAAUCUACAAAAGCUUCUCAGGAGCAAGCUACAAGGGAGGGAACACUAGAGAGUCUAUCAGCAGAACGCAUCCAGAUAUCACUGAACAGAGAAUCACUUCAUAAGGAGCAGAAUGACCUGGAGCUACGAAGACAGGAGCUAGAGAAGGAGCAGGAGGAGCUCCAGAAGGAGAAAGCUAGGCUCCAGCGGCUUGGUGACUCCCUUCAGACCCGGUCUAGGGAGCUCCAGGGGAUGGUCUCCGAUGCAGUACGAGUCAAGGAGGAAGGGGAAGCAGCAUUGGUGAAGGCACGUAAGAUAGAAGGGCAACAUAUAGCAAGGAAACAGGCUCUUGAACAUCAACUUGAAGAACUGAGAGUAACAGAAAGGAAGAUAGCAGAGGAUAGAGUGCAGAUAGCUGAAAAUCAAAGAUCAUUAGAGAUUUCCGCUGGGUCAUUACUAUGCAAACAGUGUGCUUCAUCUUUAUCAAUGCAAAACAUACACUUACCCCGGCAUACUCCUUCAAACCCAAUUCCUAUGAUGAUGUCAUCAGCUGGUCCUGGUUUCAUGAUGUCUUCACACUACCCUGGGAGUGAGGUAAUGCCUUCUAACAUGGCAGAUAGUCUUCUUAACAAGGCAGAACAUGAUAGGACUGUUAACGUUUGGAAACUUGCUGCUGAGAAGGACAAAGAAUUCUUAGAAGAAGAGACGUCUUACCUGGAAUCUUUGAAUAAUUCUUACAGAGUACCAGCGGUCAUCUAGACAUUGAAUAAUUCCUACCAAGUACCAGCGGUCAUUGAAUAAUUCUUACAGAGUACCAGCGGUCAUCUAGACAUUGAAUAUUUCCUACCGAGUACCGAUGGUCAUCUAGAUAUUGAAUAAUUCUGACAUAGUACCAGUGGUCAUCUAGACAUUGAAUAAUUCUUACAGAGUACCAGCGGCCAUCUAGACGUUGAAUAAUUUCUACCUAGUACCAGCAGUCAUCUAGGCAUUGAAUAUUUCCUACUGAGUACCGAUGGUCAUCUAUACAUUGAAUAAUUUCUACCUAGUACCAGCGGCCAUCUAGACGUUGAAUAAUUCCUACCGAGUACCAACGGUCAUCUAGACAUUAAAUAAUUACUACUGAGUACCAGCGGCCAUCUAGACAUUGAAUAAUUCCUACCGAGUACCAGCGGUCAUCUAGACAUUGAAUAAUUACUCCCGAGUACCAGCAGUCAUCUAGACAUUGAAUAAUUACUACUGAGUACCAGCAGCCAUCUAGACAUUGAAUAAUUCCUACCGAGUACCAGCGGUCAUCUAGACAUUGAAUAAUUACUACUGAGUACCAGCGGUCAUCUAGACAUUGAAUAAUUACUACUGAGUACCAGCAGCCAUCUAGACAUUGAAUAAUUCUUACCAAGUACCAGCGGUCAUCUAGAAUCCUUUUACAUGGAGUUAUUAAAGAACAAUUCCACCCCAACGAAAAGUUGAUUUGAAUUAUAAGAGAAAACUCCAACAAAUAUAACACUAAAAAUUUCAUCGAAAUUGGAUUUAAAAUAAGAAAGUUAUGACAUUUUAAAGUUUUGCUU